UCCACUGUCGGAAGGAAGCUCAGACAGAUUCCUUAAAGUAUUUGCUUAGUCAUUAUCCUUCUAUUAGGGGAGUACAAAGUUAACGUUGUCUUUUACUGACCUACUACACAGACCAAGGCCUGCAACUAGCUUUACUUGAUUCCUUUGAUUACAAGUCGUCAUAGGUGACGCAGAGCGUAACACAUCAUGUCCUCCGCAGUACCGCGUCUGGCAGUAGUCGCCGCUGGAUCCAUGGGCGCUGCCGUGGCUAAACGUCUGAUCAGCUUCGGCUGUACAGUUUACACCAACCUUGAUGGCCGCUCUGAAGCCACACGAAAGCGAGCACAAGAUGCAGGGAUGAUUGACCUCCCCCUCGACGAGCUUGUGCUCAAGUCAGACUGGAUCCUGAGUAUCUUACCACCAAGAGAUGCUGUGUCGUUUGCAGAAAAGAUACAGGAAGUCGCCGCAAGACAUGGGAGCGCAUUACCUUCCCCACAGACGUUUGUUGACUGCAAUGCUGUCAACCCAGAAACGGUAAAACGUAUCGCGGCGUUAUUUUCAGGGACAGGCAUCGAGUUUGUUGAUGCUAGCAUUAUUGGAGGAGCCCCGAGAGGCGACCAUAAUCCUACAUUCUACGCAUCAGCGGAAGAUGUGAAAAUUUUGGAUGAAUUUACUGCAUUGUCAAAGUAUGGUUUGAAAGUAUCUCCCCUUAAAGGAGAAGGCGCGGGGGUCGGAGACGCUAGCGCACUCAAGAUAUCGUAUGCCGGAAUAGUAAAGGGAGCGGCGGGAUUAUGUACCACGAUGGUGCUAGCGGCUCAUGCAUCGUCGCCUGCGACCGUAGAUGCUCUCAUGAGAGAGCUACAGAUAUCGCAGCCAAUUUUGUUGGACCGUCUGGUGAAGACCGUACCGGUCCUGCUCCCGAAAGCGUAUAGAUUGAUUGGAGAGAUGGAAGAAAUUGCUGACUUUGUUGGUGGAAGCGAGGGGGACGUCUACCGAGGUCUAGCGAGGGUAUACGAGCGGAUUGAAAAUUCGAUAGCGGGUGAUCAUGAGGAUAUAGCUACGUUGACGAAAUUUGUAGAGAAAGCAAAAGAAUCGCGCUAGGAAAGUACAGGCCAAAUGAAAUUU